ACUCCAACGACAAGUCCCGGGCGCGUCUCUGCUUCCUAUUUAGCUGCAGCGGGGCAUUUUUUUUCACCCCCCACCCCCCUCAAAAAAAAACGAUCCUGCGCAGUUUUAGCCGGCGUUAGUCACGCUGCAAAGCCGCUCAGCUGCUCCGGCGCCGCGCUCGGUCGGUGCAGCUCUGCCCGGCCUGCUGCGCAGAGACGGAGGAGCCCACGGCGAGCGGCGGCUAACGGUGCAGCCACCGAGCCGCUUGCCCGUGAACUUUGGCACAUUUCGGAGCCAUGUGCAGCCCGCUGUGCGCGCGGAGCAGCGGCAGAGCCGUGUCCGCGGUCUGCUGGGGGCGCAGAGGCGCAGACGCACUUUCAGGAGUUCGCUCGGUUCCGAGGCGCCUCAUCAUCGACACGUCCUACUCCGCGCACUUCAUGGAUUUCAAAGGAUCCUCCAUACCGAGCAGCAUGAAAAAGCUGGUCGUAAACAAGCUGAGUCCCAAUUUCCGGGAGGCCGUUCGUGCGCGCGCCGUCGCCGUCCCGACCCCCGCAGACACCGAGCUGCUCGUCAGGAAUCGCUUCGUUGGAAUCAAUGCCUCUGAUAUAAAUUACACGGCUGGCCGCUAUGACCCGUCAGUGAAGCCUCCAUUCGAUGCCGGGUUUGAAGGUCUUGGAGAAGUGGUCGGCCUCGGCCUCAGUGCCAGCUCUGCCUUCACUGUAGGGGACACUGUUGCCUACUUCGGAAGUGGCGCGUUUGCCGAGUACACAUUGGUUCCGGCCAAAGAAAGUGUGCCCGUCCCCUCGGUGAGGCCGGAGUUCCUCACCCUCCUGGUUAGUGGUGCCACAGCUUACAUCGCCUUGAAGCGCUUGGGCGACCUCGCCAAAGGCGAGACGGUCCUGGUCACUGCGGCUGCAGGAGGGACGGGACAGUUCGCUGUCCAGUUUGCCAAGCAGGCCGGCUGCCAUGUCAUCGGGACCUGCUCGUCGGAUGAGAAGGCGGGCUUCCUGAAAUCAAUCGGCUGUGACAGACCAAUCAACUACGUCACCGAAGAUCUGGCCAAGACACUGAAGAGAGAGUACCCAAAGGGUAUAGACGUAGUCUACGAGUCCGUGGGAGGCAGCGUUUUGGAGCUUGCAGUCAACUGUCUGGCCAAUAAGGGCCGGCUGAUCAUCAUAGGCUUCAUCUCGGGGUACCAGACUCCAUCGGGGAUCCCACCUUUCGGAGGAGGAACGCUGCCGGUCAAGCUGCUCCAGAAGUCAGCCAGCAUUCGGGGCUUCUUCCUCCCCCACUUUCUCGGCGACUACAAGGAUGCUCUGAGCAGCAUGAUGCAGAUGUUUGCCAAGGGAAAGCUGGUGUGCGAGGUGGACUGUGGGGAUUUGACAACGGAGGGGAGAUUUGUAGGCCUGGAGUCCGUUUUUCGGGCUGUGGAUUACAUGUAUGCGGGGAAAAACCUGGGAAAGGUGGUGGUGGAGCUAACACCACCCAAUAAUAAUAGUAAGCUGUGAUUUAUUUGAUUGACAAAGCACCAAAACAAUCAAACCAAACUUUAAAAGAAAAUUGUCGAUGAUCUAACACGUGGCUCUUUAUUUUUAUGUUAUGACUGAUAAAAAUGACGAUAAAAUCCAUAGUAAAAUAAACACUUGCUCUGUAGAAGUGUUUUUAUUCAUAUUUUCUUGAAUAUUAAAUCAACUAUUUACAUCA